AUGAAUUUUCAAGACCUUAUACUCGAUAUUGCAGACAGUUACAUUUAUAUCGAGGGGAAGUUCACACCAUCUGAUGCCACGAAGCAGUGCAACCUAUCCAAUAACGCCCUCGCCUUCCUCUUCGACGAAAUUCGCUAUGAAAUGGGUGGAGAACAAGUGGCCGUUGUUCGAAAACCCGGCAUAACUACCGCAAUGAAAACGAUGAUAUCAUUUGGAAAAACGCAUGCAAAUUCGCUACUACCGAUAGGAUGGGGACUCGAUGUGAAUAAACAAGAUAUAUUGGAUUCCGUCAGCAAUGUAUUCAGCGGUAAAUUACCCUUGAAGUAUCUCAUGGGUUUUGCUGAAGAUUACAACAGAGGAGUAUUGAAUGUUAAGCAAGAGCUCAUUUCGAUUAUUGCACGCUCAUUCAAAAAUUCCUUUAUUGGAGAAGUAGAUGCUCAUUUGGAAAUCAACAAAAUAGAAUGGAGAAUCGGACACAUCGUGCCGGAAGAUCGUCAGAAACUGAAGCUAUUGAACCGCGUCAAUAAAAAUGCGAAUAAUUCAAAAGUAAAGGUGGCUUAUCGUAUAUGGGAACUCUAUGAAUUACCCACACUUCGUGAGACACAUCCUCAGAUAUUUGGGCCGUGA